CUUCCAUCUCGUUUAAUUGAACAUGAGUUUGAAGGAUUAUUCUGGUGAGAAAAUACUGUGGAAGCUUGGGCCCUUUGGAACAGAAAGCGGAGGGGAAAGUUUUGAUGAUGGAGCUCAUUCAACAGUCAGGCAGUUGCUGAUAGCUCACGAUGGAGUUGGCGUUGGCACCAUCCAGAUUGAAUAUGAUGUCAACGGGAUCUCAUUUCGGGCAGACAAGUAUGGUGAUCAGACAGGGUCUGACCAUAUUGACACGAUCAAGCUUGAUUAUCCGUACGAAUAUCUGAUUUCAGUUCAUGGAAGAUAUUGUAAGUUUUGGCCCUUGACAACCGUUAUUUCCUCCCUUACUUUUAGGAGCAACAAGAAAAGUUACGGACCAUAUGGAAAUGAAGACCAACAUGAUAAGUCUUUUUCAAUCCAAGCACCUGGGAAUAUGAUUGUCGGCUUUCAUGGUAGGGCUUCUGGGUUUAAGGGUAUCCGUGCAAUAGGAGCGUACCUGAAACCUAUUGAUCAUCAUUAUCAGAAUGGAAAGUACAAUCUCGAUGUCAUGCCGGCAUUACCAAAACCAUCAAAUCCUCUGCGUCAAGCUAGAUAUCCUUCUCAGACCAACCUCAGAAACAAACAAGAUGACGGCGAAGAUGACAAACAAUUAACAUACAUAAUUGCCGGUAACCAAGUCAACGGAAACGAGGGCGACCGGAAUGGAGGUUUCGUUGUUGGAAGUAACAUUAAUUACAUCUUACACCCUGAACUAUGGCGGAGUUUUUAAUUUCAUUACCCAAAUAUCAAAUUUUGUCCUUACUUGAUCUUACUUCCAUUCGAC